GGAGGAGGGCGAGGGUAUUCCUGGAUUCUCAUAUCGCUCGCUUCUUCCCCACUUGAGGACGGCUCGGCCCCUCCAAGAAGCACUCGCCUCGCACACGUUGGCCUCCGAAAGAGAUCGGAACCUUCCGAGUCCAAUGGCGGUUGCGAAUCGAACCAGGCGAGAGCGAAACCCCUCGCUCCAGAUCUGAAGCCCCCCCUCGCGCUAUUCCUCUUUCUAUCCCUCCCUCGAUUCUUUGAUGCCACAUCUUCUCGAUCGAUUCGUGGAGCGAUGAAGUUGUUCGACGAUUUGCCGUCGAUGGAUCACCUUCGAUCCGAGGACAUGAGCCUCGUGCAGGUCAUAAUCCCCGUGGAGUCCGCCCACCGCGCCGUUUCUUACCUCGGCGAGCUCGGUCUUCUCCAACUCAAAGAUUUAAAUGAAGAUAAGAGUCCUUUUCAACGAACAUUUGUCAACCAGGUGAAGCGAUGUGGGGAAAUGUCACGCAAGUUAAGAUUUUUCGGCGACCAGAUUAGUAAGGCUGGUAUUACAGCUUCUCCUUGUCCUGCUUCACAACAAGUUAUUGACUUGGAAGAGCUAGAGGUGCGAUUGAGCGAACAUGAGGCUGAACUUCUAGAAAUGAAUGCAAAUAGUGAGAAAUUACGGCAAACAUACAAUGAGCUCCUUGAAUUUAAGUUGGUGUUAUUAAAGGCAGGUGGGUUUCUUGUUGCAGCUCAAAAUCAUGCAGUUCCAGCUGAGACAGAGUUAGUUGAAAGUAUAUACUCCAAGAAAGAUGAUGAGAGCCUAUUUUUGCUUGAACAGUCUGUGCAGCCUGAGCCUUCAAGUAAAGCUGGCUUGAGAUUCAUCAGUGGGAUUAUAUGUAAGUCAAAGGAGUUGACAUUUGAGAGGAUGCUUUUCCGAGCUACUAGGGGCAAUAUGUUCUUCAAUCAGGCACCUGCCGGGGAACAGGUUAUGGAUCCAGUGUCUGGUGAAAUGGUAGAAAAGACAGUCUUUGUAGUUUUCUUUUCAGGGGAGCAGGCUAAAAAUAAAAUACUGAAAAUUUGUCAAGCAUUUGGAGCAAGUUGCUAUCCUGUGCCGGAAGAGAAUAGUAAACAGAUGCAACUGACUCGUGAGGUUUCAUUGCGUUUGUCUGAGUUAGAAGCAACACUGGAUGCUGGAAACCGUCAUAGAAAUAAGGCCUUAGCUUCAAUUGCUUCUCAACUGUGGAAUUGGAUAAUCAUGGUGAAAAAAGAGAAAGGUGUGUAUGACACAUUGAAUAUGCUCAACUUUGACGUUACAAAAAAAUGCCUUGUUGGAGAAGGAUGGUGUCCAACAUUUGCUAAACCCCAGAUCAAGGAGGCUUUGGAACAUGCAUCAAUUCAUAGCAAUUCUCAAGUGGGGAUAAUAUUUCAUGACAUGGAUUCUUUUGAAUCUCCCCCGACAUAUUUCAGAACAAAUUGGUUCACACAUGCAUUUCAGGAAAUUGUUGACGCAUAUGGUGUUGCUAGAUACCAAGAAGCAAAUCCUGCUGUAUACUCUGUCAUAACCUUCCCAUUUCUUUUUGCUGUAAUGUUUGGUGACUGGGGCCAUGGGUUAUGCUUGUUGCUGGGAUCACUGAUUCUUAUCCUUCGUGAGAAAAAGCUGGGAUCUCAGAAACUUGGUAGCUUUAUGGAGAUGGCAUUUGGCGGGCGUUAUGUAGUACUUCUGAUGGCACUUUUUUCAAUAUAUUGUGGACUGAUAUACAAUGAAUUUUUCUCUGUUCCUUUCCAGAUCUUUGGCAAAUCUGCUUAUAAAUGCCGGGAUAGCAGUUGCAGUGAUGCACAUACUGCUGGCCUUAUUAAGUAUCGUGAUCCAUAUCCAUUUGGCGUGGAUCCAAGAUGGCGUGGGAGUCGAUCUGAAUUGCCCUUUCUGAACUCCCUCAAAAUGAAGAUGUCAAUAUUAUUAGGUGUGUCCCAGAUGAACUUAGGCAUCAUACUGAGUUACUUUGAUGCAAAGUUUCAUGGAAGCUCCCUUGAUGUACGGUAUCAGUUUAUGCCACAGAUGAUCUUUCUCAACAGCCUCUUUGGUUAUCUCGCACUCCUUAUUGUCAUCAAAUGGUGCACAGGAUCUCAAGCUGAUUUGUAUCAUGUUAUGAUUUAUAUGUUCCUUAACCCAACCGGGGAUCUUGGAGAAAAUAAGUUGUUUUGGGGUCAGAAAGAAUUGCAGAUAUUGUUAUUGCUUAUGGCUAUCGUAGCAGUUCCUUGGAUGCUCUUUCCAAAACCAUUCAUCUUGAGAAAGCUUCAUACAGAGAGAUUUCAAGGCCGGACUUAUGGUAUCCUUGGGACAUCAGAAAUGGAUGUUGAUCAUGAUCCCGAUUCUGCAAGGAGGCAGCACCAUGAAGACUUCAAUUUUAGUGAGGUAUUUGUGCAUCAGAUGAUACAUUCUAUUGAGUUUGUUCUUGGUGCCGUCUCGAACACUGCAUCUUACCUCCGUCUUUGGGCCCUGAGCUUGGCACACUCAGAAUUGUCAACUGUCUUCUAUGAGAAAUUGCUUCUGCUCGCAUGGGGGUAUGACAGUGUCAUCAUCCGGAUAGCAGGGCUCGCUGUCUUCGCUUUUGCAACAGCAUUCAUUUUGCUUAUGAUGGAAACCCUUAGUGCGUUCCUUCACGCCUUGCGUCUUCAUUGGGUUGAAUUCAUGGGCAAGUUCUACCACGGUGAUGGCUACAAAUUCAAGCCUUUCUCAUUCAAGUUACUAGCAGAUGAGGAAGAUUAAUAGGUGGUGGUAUAUGACAGAAUCUUUUUGCUUUAUUGGAAAGUAGAGGAGAACAACAUGAUAGAAAAAAACAGAUGAAUGUGGAAAUUGUUAUUGCACCGAAAGAAAGCAUCAGACAAACGCUGCAGGUGCGACAACUUAGUUGAGCGCACCAUUUAAAAACCGUGCAGAUGUUACGCAAGCAGGCGGUUUUGAGAAAUUGAAACAGCUGUGCAACGUUUGCAGACUGACAGGCCAAGAGAUCACUCAGACGAGGAAUAAUGUUUUUGAAUACACAUUAGCUGCAUAAAGUUGACAGAUUCCAGAAGAUGUCCCUUUCUAAUUUUUAGCUCAAAUGUAGAUUCUGUUAAAAAUUGAGGUCUACCAUGACCCCUGAUAUUUUGUUCUACUCACUGCUAUAUUUGAAACCACUUAAAAGGAAAGUCUAUUGUUUCUGUCA